CCCUGCCUUUGCCUCCAGCACGAUGGGCCCCUCCUGGGGAGAGAGGAUCGGCCAAGGAUCCUUCUCCGUGCGGGCCUGGACAUGACGCUGGCUGCCUUGCAAGACGGCUGCUACAUCAGAGACGGAUGAGGGGAGUUGGCUUGCAGAUGCAAAGAGCGGCAGCUUUCCCGGUUCCUCCAUCCCCCACUGGCUGUGGGCCUCGGGCCACCGCGACAGCUUCGUGGGAGUCAGGUCUCCGGUCCCUGUAGCAGCUGGCCCGGGGUGAUGGAGCCACGACUGGACCAUGCAGGCGGCAUGGGUUAAUUCCCUCCUGCCCGUGAAAGGGCCGUGAGCCCCGGCAGGGGGUGGGAAAGCACCUCGUGCCACCGCGGCGCCAGCGAUAAGAGGGUUGUGCAGCCGGCGACCUUCCCACGGAGGCCUGAGCAAGCAGGCGGUGCUGCCCUCCAUGCUGGCACCGUGGGGCCCGAUGCACACCCUCGGGGUCCUGCUCCGUGGAGACGUGUUUCGGGACGAGCGACGAUGCAUUGAGCAGGCCUGCGAGGAGGGGCGAGUCGCAGGGGGCUAGGGGAUCUGGCUCCAGCUCUCUGCCGGUUCCCUCCCCACCCAGCCCCGUGCUCAUGCAGCUGCCCGUCAGCCAGUGGCACUUUCCCUGCCAAGCCCAGCCUCUCACCUCAGGGGUCCUGAGGCCCGGGGGAUUUGCGUGUUUAGUGCUUAACCCUCUUGUGUGCGGCAGCACGGGCGUCAUCGGUAUUGUCUUCAUCUGUCAGCACCGGGGCAGCCAGGCCCUCCUCUCCCCGCAGGGCCUUUUCUCCAGCCAACACCCUCCGAUGUGCACGCCUGAACAGCCUCCGUGCCACGGCCCUGCCCUGCCUUUCCCCCUGCACACAAGCCCCCUGCUUCCCCAAGUCUCCAUCCCUGCUCCUCUUCCUCCCUCUUGCUCAUUGCUGCAGCUCCCCUGCACCGGCUGGGUCUCAGCUGGGCGGGCAAGGCAGGUGGGAACGCAGCUGUAACCACUAUCCCUGCAAGCGCCCACCCGCGCCAGGGUACCGCCCAGCCUGCGCCGACAACCCAACUAGUGCCACGCAGCCCGGGGCCCGAAGCUCGGGAGCGGGAGGCACCGGGACAUCCCCUCCCACACCGGACUCUCACAAGCAACAAGCAGGAGACUCCAGCAGGCUGCAGGGGAACAGCUCGGCCGCACUUCAGAGCUGCUCGGGCUUGUGGCUUUGCGUCGUGGCCAGAAAACCACGCUGCGCGGGCACUGGCGACGGGCCACCCUGCAGAAGCUGCAAAGUGCUGCACACGCCGAGAUAUUGGCUGAUGAGCUUUGAUAGAUUGCUUCCCUAGCAUUGAAUUUCAGCUCCUCGUGUACCUCGUAUUUCCUGCCUAGCCAGGACUACUUACGGACUCUUUUUUUUUUUUUUUUUUAAAUACAGUAAAACCAACAAGACAUGAAAUGAUUGUGGCCACACCCAGGAAUUAGUGGUAUAAGCUUGAAUUUUCCCCACGCUGUUCCUCAGAAAGCUAGAAACAAAUAGCAGCUCUCUGUCAAUAGCCCGGCCACUGAAAACAGCACAUUCAUGGAAAUCCACACCAUAAAUACACAGCUCCAAAAGCGUUAAUACCAAAAGCUUCUGCUCCAGCACCUCAGCUUAUCUCAGCCCCGCCAGCGGCGGAGCCGGGGCACAGAUUACAGACGCAGCGUUAGCAUGGCUUGGAGCUGCAACAGGAAAGUUCAGCUGAGUGGCAUGUUUCUCUCGCUCUUCGGGUGGGUCUCGUCCUGUGUCACCACGUACGCGCCACUCUGGAAGAACCUCAACUUGGACUUAAACGAACUGGAGAUCUGGAACAUGGGGCUCUGGCAGGUCUGCAUCAUCCAAGAGGAAGGCGCCAUGGAGUGCAAAGCCUACGACUCUUUCCUGGCGCUGCCGCUGGACCUCCGGGUAUCCCGAAUCCUGAUGUGCCUCUCCAACGGGCUGGGGCUCCUGGGGUUCGUGCUCUCCAGUUUCGGGCUGGACUGCUGGAAGCCCUGGGAAGACAAGCCGGAGCUAAGGAAACGCCUGGUGUGUUUCGGAGGGGCCAUUUUUGGCAUGUCCGGCAUCGUGACCCUCACCCCCGUUUCCUGGGUUGCUUAUAACACGGUGCUUGAGUUCUGGGACGAGACCAUCCCGGAAAUCGUCCCGCGGUGGGAAUUUGGGGAGGCGAUGUUCUUGGGCUGGUUUGCUGGAUUUUUCCUCGUGGUGGGGGGGCUGCUCCUUCUCUGCUCCCCCUGCGCGGGAAGGACUGAGAUGCCGGCAAAACCGUUAGCAGCUCGUCACGAAGCGGCCAGGAUCCAGCGCCCGGCCAGGAUGCCACAUUGGAGCCACCCCUCACAUCCCAGAAACGCCGACCUGGUAAUCUAGGACUCCCAGCACAGAAUUGUGCACAGGUACUGGCCCUCGCGAUCCCAGAGCCAGUUCCCAUAAUGUUUUACAGGAUGAUUUGCUUAUGCAUAAGACAGUGUCGCAAAUCUUCUUUCCUUCCUCUGUGUGUUUAACUUUUACGAGAGUAACAGCUUUUUUCUGCCACACUUGCAAACUGAGCCUAGCAUUAUAAAGCCACCCAGGGGGGACCCAGAGCAGUAAAGAGCACUUCAUAUGCCUAUCCCCAUGUACCCUAUAGCCUGUCACUGAUUACACUGAAAAUUUCCGAUGGUUGCGAAUGUAUUGAUUGUAACGACUGUGCACAAUUUUGAAAGUUCCCUCUUUCACUGU